AUGAUUGGAUUUGGAAAAUCGUCCUAAUAAACAAAAAAGAAUCCUAAGAAACCAGAUAACCUUGAAAUAUUAACACUUCUUGAUAAUUGCACACGUAUACACGAUAUUUCUAAAAAAUAGUUAUUUUCAAAGAUGAUAGAAUUGCAUUAAGAAACAUGGUAAAAGAUGGAAAUCAAGAUGUGAUAGCAAUACUCAAUACUUAUAGGAAAAUAAGUAAUUCAAAAUAAAUGUCAACUGAACUCCGUAAAUAUUUAAGAAAAAAAGGAGAAAAGGAAAAUGAUACAGCACCUCAAUGCUAAUCUCCUAAGUCGAAUAAAAACCAAAAGUUAUUUCAAUAAUAACUUCGCUAAUUUCCAAAUAGUCAAAAGAAUUCAUGUCCUGAUUAUUGCAAAUUUGCAGAUACUUCAUCUGCUAAAAUUAUUAAUCUUGCAAAAGUUAAAGAAUUAACAAAUGAUGUUUAACUGUCUGAAAUUAUACUUUCAGAUAGAAAUCAGAAUGAAUCCAAAGAUAUUGAAAAAAUAUAGUAUUAUACAACUAAUACUCGACAAUAUAUUCUAGAAUUGCAACCAAAUUUUGAUAAUUCUGAGAUAAAUUCUAAUACUAUUUAAUAAGAGAGUGAAAUUUAAUAUAGUUAAAAUUAAUAAUUUUUGGAGAAGGAAAUUGAUAUCAACUAGAGGAAUUAUGAUAUUUAAUUAGAGUCUUCAAAUGAAAUCAUUAUAAAACAAAUCACUGAACCUCCUUUAUAAUUAAUCCAAGAUCAAACUGCCAAAAAUGAUAUUAAACCAACUUAACUAUUUUCCAGCAGAAACUCGAGUUAUAUUUAAAUAAAUAUUGCACAAUCAUAUCUAUAACCGGCAUAAACCUAACAAUAAGAUUAGUAGCAAAAUGCAGAACAAAGUGUAGCAUAUUAAAUCAAAGAGAAAAUCAUAGUAAUUGAUUUUCAAUAAAAUUAUAGUUUUUUUAACUAUUAAGAUUGCUAAAUCUAAGCUCAAUCAGCUUAUAAACAUUAUUUCACUCAUUGGCCUACGCUUUUACAUAAAUUAGAUAAACCAGAAUAUAUCCCAAAUUAUAAAUCAGGACUAUAUAUAGAUACCACACCUGAAUAUUUAUUUACCCUACUAUUUCCUAAUUCAUCUUAUAUCAGAAUUAAUUACUUCUAAUUCGAAAAAUAACUUAAACAAGCUUCUUUAUAAAUAAAUAUAGAUGAAUUGUUUAAAGUACUUGAUUAAGAUGGAGAUGAUUGGAUUAAUUACAGAGAUACUGGUUUCAUUCUUAAAAGCAUUUGCUUAUAAGAGGAAUAACCCAAAAACUUUAUUCGAGUAUUAUUUGAAUCACUAAAAUAACCGUAAAGUUCUUCAAAUUCAAUUACAUUGAUAGAUCUUCAAUAAUUGGAGAGAACAAAUUAGUUUUCGUGGGUUCGAGAGUACAUUAUUAUUAUUAUUUUAGGUUAAUGUAAGAAGCUGAUAUUUAUUAAAAUGGUAAUUUAACAAAUUGGGAUUUAUUUAUGCAUAAAGAUAUUUAUUUGAUGCAGAAAGUAUACGAACUUGUUAUUCAAAACAAGAAUGAAUCAAAUAAUCAAGAAUAGCAAUUAUGA